AUGGCCACUAACUACAGUGCCAACCAGUAUGAAAAAGCUUUCUCACCCAAAUAUCUGCAGAACUGGUCUCCCGCCAAGGAAACAAAAGAGAGCAUCUCUUCCCAUGAAGGCUACACUCAGAUUAUUGCCAAUGAUCGUGGUCACCUAUUGCCUUCAGUGCCCCGUUCCAAGGAAAAUCCUUGGGGUUCCUUCAUGGGCACCUGGCAAAUGCCUCUGAAGAUACCUCCUGCUCAGGUGACCCUGACCUCCCGGACAACUGCUGGUGCUGCCUCCCUUACCAAAUGGAUACAGAAAAAUCCUGAUUUACUGAAGGCCUCCAACGGGCUGCGUCCUGAAAUCUUAGGCAAGCCCCAUGAUCCAGACAGUCAGAAGAAACCUAAGAAGUCUACCACAAAAACUGUACAACAAGCACCAAGUCCAAUUGUAAUUCCAACCUCCUCAGCUAUUAACCUCAAUUCCCCAGAUCAACUCCAAAGUCCACAUCCCUCUGCAGGUCACACUCCAGGUCCCCAAAACCCAGCCAACUCUCCGAAGAACCCACCUGGAAACCUAUGCAUGCUAGAUCACUGGGCAGGUCCUAAUGUAGCUGAAAUCCAGAAAUGCAAACCUGAAACUUCAGAAGGAACCAAGGAGCCACAAUGA